GGAGGAGUAAACUCUGAGCGGGACAUGGUUGUUUUCAGUUCUAGCAGCCUUUUAAAAAAGAUUUAAAAGAUUUUUAGACUUUUUGUUUGGCAUUUUGUUUGGCUUCUUCAUACUUCUUUUUGAAGCUCAGAAUACUUUUGACUUUUUAGUUAAGGCAAUUACAGCCAAGUCGGUCACUUUAGUGAAAACCUUUUCUCCAGACCAGAUCCUGUCGCCCUCUUAACUGAGGCUUCCUUUGCUGCUGAUCGGCUUUUCUGUUCCUCCAAAGCCAAAAUGGUGAAGUACAAGGUGUAUGUGACCACUGCAAACUGCGCUCAGGCCACCACUACAAAUGGCAUCUUCAUUAAACUGGUGGGCGAAGACGGGGAGAGUAGCCGUACGUGGCUCACGAACUUUAAAGGGGCUGCCGCCUUCUACCGUGGAGUAGAGUCCAAAUUUUCCCUGUACUGCCCCACCUCUCUUGGAAAGCUGGUGCUGAUUGAAGUUGACAAACAGCGUCUCCCACUGUUCCCAGAUGAUGCCUGGUUUGCCUCCAAAGUGAAAGUGAAGUCUCCAGAGGGAGACAUCUACACCUUUCCCAUCUACCGCUGGAUCUCUGGCUCUGACGUGCAGCUGUUCAGAGAAGGAACAGCUUUGAGAAUCACUGAUGACAGUCAUCAUCUUGGCAAAUACAGCAGAGAGAAGGAGAUGAAGCUGAGAGAGCAGCUGUAUAGCUGGCAUGUUUAUAAAGAGGGACUGCCUCACUGCAUGAAAGCAGACAACCCUCUUGAUCUGCCUUGUGAGGUCCGCUUCUCCUUCACCAAGACCACAGAGUUCCUCUUCACUGCAUCCACUGGGCUGGCAGAGCUGCAACUGAAGGGAUACUCUUGUAGCAAGAAUAACUGGACUGACAUUGAAGCCAUUCACAAGGUCUUCUGCAACAAGAGAACAGACAUAUCAGACUAUGUCGAGCAGCACUGGAAGGACAAUGCUUUCUUUGGCUAUCAAUAUCUAAAUGGUGUCAACCCCAUUUUGAUCCAGCGUUGUACAGUCCUGCCUGAGAACCUCCCAGUCACUGAUGCCAUGGUGCCUCUCCGUGGUGGGGCCAGUCUGUCUGAAGAAAUGCAGAAAGGGAACAUAUUCCUGUGCGAUUACAAGCGUUUGGAUGGAGUGAAACCAAACGUCAUCAACGGGAAGAAGCAGUACUUGAUGGCUCCCCUCGUGUUGCUCCACAAAACCCCUGAUGAUCAGCUGAUGCCCGUUGCUAUUCAGCUGAAGCAGACUCCGGCAGACGACAACCCCAUCUUCUUUCCUAUUGAUUCUGAGUACGACUGGUUGAUGGCCAAGAUCUUUGUUAGAAGCGCAGAUUUCAAUGAGCAUCAACUCAAUGCUCACCUGCUGCGCACUCACCUGCUGGCUGAAGUGUUUGCAGUGUCACUGCUGCGCAACGUGCCCAUGGUGCAUCCUCUGUACAAGCUCCUCAUACCUCACACUCGGUACACUCUGCAGAUCAACCACUUAGCUCGACUGCUCCUGAUAGCAGAGAAGGGAGUUUUCACAGAGUUUGCAGCGUCUGGUGGAGAGGGUAUGAUGGCAAUCCUGAAGAGAUCACUAUCCUCGAUGACCUACAGCUCCCUCUGUAUGCCAGAUGACAUUGCUGAGCGUGGACUGGAGGAUGUGCCGAACUUCUACUACAGGGAUGAUGGACUCAGGCUGUGGGAUAUCAUCAACAGGCUUGUGAACGGAGUGCUUGGCCACUACUACAAGAAUGACGAUGAGGUUUGCCAAGACUCUGAACUGCAGAAGUGGAUUCAAGACAUUUUCGAACAUGGAUUCCUGUCCCAGGAAUGCACUGGAAUCCCUCAAGAGUUUCGCACUGUGGCUGAGAUGGUCAAGUUUGUCACCAUGGUGAUUUUCACUUGCUCAGGCCAGCACUCAGCCGUCAACACUGGACAGUACGACUAUGGUGGCUGGAUGCCCAACACUCCCAUCUCCCUGCAGCGUCCUCCACCAACCACUAAGGGGACGACAAGUGAGGCAACGAUGCUGCAGACAUUCCCUGACAUCAACACCACAGUGCAGGGGAUGUCCACCAUGUGGCUCCUGAGCAAGCAGUCCUCUGAUUUCGUCGGUCUCGGACAGUACCCGGAGGACCAUUUCUGCGAGGAGGUUCCCCACAAGCUGAUAAAGGUCUACCAAGGAGAGCUUGAAGUUUUAAGCACAAUGAUCAGAACCAGAAACAAGAGUCUGGAAAUCCCAUACACGUACAUGGACCCUGCGCUGGUAGAAAACAGUGUGGCCAUUUGAUUAUGAGAUGGCGUGAGCUCUUCAGGUGUGGGCCAAAUUCAGGUUCAUAUUAAAAAAAAAGUGAGGGAGAGAGAAACUGCACGUUUUUAAACUGAUACUGAAGUGCAGAGAAACUACUGCACAGUACCACUGUGUGAUGGUCUCUUUUAAUUCAGCCUACUUAUAAAAAUGUUUCGAAUCAUAAUCCACAUCUUUUUCUUGCAUUUCCAUUUUUUUAGGCAACAGAUACUAAAAAUCUUAAAAAAUGUAGAGCUGCAAUACUGAGAAUUUCCUUAUCAACAUAGUCAUCUUUUUAUGAUCCAAAUGUGACAAUUAUUCUUUUUAUCUGACGCUAUGUGUGUAUUUUUUAUGUGUGUGGAUCUGAAUGUGAGUCUGUUUUUUUUCUCUGCCACUGCACAGAAUUACCUUGAGUUUAAAUCAGCUUGUUGUGAUUCAUCCCAAUGUUCUGCACAUUUCAAAUUACUGAUGUUUUUGUCGUAGCGUUUAGUGUUGGAGGCCGAAUUUCUUAAUAGUAAUCCUUUUUCUGUGUUGUCAUCAAUCACCCCUAUCGACCGUCACUAAGGUCGGCUGUACACUGUAACCACGUUUCCUCACAGAACUAAAGUGUCGGUUAUGUCUACAUCAUGACGAGUGACGAUGAUUUCACCAAUCACCUUCUACCUGGGAGCAGUAAAUCUGGAUUAUCCCUGGAUUUCACACUUCAUGUUAAAAUGUGCUGCAUGUUUCGCAUGACUGAAGGCGAAUGUUUAAGCACAAACUGGCCAUUAUAGUCCUGCGUGGAGAUCAGGUCAUCAGGCUAAAUAAGAUUAUAGCAGAUUAGCAGCGACACGUGUUUGCGGUUCAGCCUCACUCACAACUUUCUUCAAGUUUUGGUUUUAUAUGUAUUGUUGUAUUCUUAAAAACAACAGAAAUGAACAAACAUGACGAGAAAAAAAAAUCUAAAACUAAUUCAUUAUGACAUUUUGUGAAAUAAACCAGAUUUCUGCAAUUAAAGUGUGUUUAUUUGCAUGUGAUUUUAUGAGGUAUCAUAAAUAUGAACCAUACUCAUAACUGUGUUUAAAAUGUGUACUAUUGCAGAUUAAAAAUGUACCAAACUAA